CACACACACACACACACACACACACACUCGGGGAUGACGUAGGGCUCGUGCUGCUUAAACACAGGAUGCCCUUCAUGUCGCCUCGUUAAACACUUUUGAUCUCUUCUUCGGUGAGAGUGAUAUAAAGGUAGUUUUAGCGGGAAAUGAAGCUCGCGGCACUAGUUUGUUGUUGUAGGAACAGUGUGUAUUCCUCCGCUGGUGUCGGAGCAGAAGGACCCGGAUGGAGUGUCAUGGCCGCCGUGGCUGUGUUCCUCAGAGAGGAGGAGGAAGGAAGACUCCCGUUAAAGCUGUUUGUGUUUGAGUUGCAGCUUUAAUGUCCGCCACUGACUUACCGGAGGAGCGACUUCACCACACUUCACGACGUCGUGUUUCAGCUCGUCUUCUCCAGACACGGCGAGCACUGAAGUUACCAGAUUUCUGCAGAUCGGUAACGAUGGAAGAGGAACCAGCGUUCCCUCCUGAUUCUGCUAGAGGAAAUGUCUCGGUGCCCGAGGACGAGAAGGACAAGGUGAAGGACUUUGUGUUCAAACACUUCAGAGAGGUGACGGACGAGUCGCUCUUCAGCACUGUAGAGGAAUCGUCUGUGAAAGAUUAUGGGUGUCCCACCAAGAGAGACAGACAGCCUGUGAAUAAGGCCUCCGGUAAAGUCCAGCAGGGGGCGGUGUUCUCUGGAAAGAUCCUGAGUUUUGAGUGCUCGGUGUGUAAAGACGGCUCCACCUACAGCCCCAACGACCUGCUGAAACACUUCCGAGCGGCUCACCAACACGCUCUCCCGACCUACCCAUGUGAUCUGUGUGGUUUCUCUACUAACGAGUUCCCCGCUCUUCAGCGCCAUCGCAUCGAGCACAGGAACACUCUGGUGACGUGUGAGCUGUGUAACGAUGACGUGCAGUACUCUCUGCUGCUGCUCACCAGACACUACAUCAUGUGUCACAGUGUCAACGGGCAGUUCCACUGCGACUGGUGCGACUUCACCACCGUGGACGCAGGGACGUUCGUGCAGCACAUCCACCAUCACAACGAGAGCCCGUGGAAGUGUUCCAAAUGUCGCCACAUCAGCUUAAACGAGGACGAGCACCAGAAGCAUCUGAAAGCUCACUCGGGCACAUUCCCCUUCACGUGUCAGGUGUGUGGAUACGGAGCGGCGAGGAACGAGUACCUUCAGAAACACACGGCGGCAGUUCACAGACUGGAAGCGGAGAGGAGGAGCUUAUGGAAGUCUGCAGAAGAAAGUCUCUUUCCAACAAACGCAUCCACAGCUUUAAAAGUCAUGGUGAAGAAAAGCGAGUCCCAGGAGACUCAGAGGACAUCCAAAGUCAACUCUGCCACUUCAAACCAAAAUGGGCGGCUGAUCAAACCGGAGAAAUCCUUGGAGGGGAGCCUCGUAGAUGGGGCCGUGGCGAUCAGGGACAAUAAACAGUGGAACAAAGGCUCCUCGACCACGGAGCAGGCGCUCAUGUUGCAGGAAUGUGAUACUGCAGCUUCUGAUUCCGCAGCUCACACCAGUCCUAAUGGACUCACUGUUCUGAUGGUGAAGAACAAAAUCUCUCUGCCCCCAAACUGCACAACCAAAGUCAUGGGAUUCAAGAUGGUGGAGGGCAAAAAGCAUUUAGUUCUCAAAGUGAUACCGGCGGCAAAGCAGGACCUGUCCAAUCAGAACGGUUCUCUGGGGGAAGACGUGACCUCUGCGCCAAAUCCUGUGUCAGAUCAAAAUCUGGUUAUUGUUGAGAAUGGGGAAGGGUCUCAUAGCAAGAGCUCCAAAUCCCACUGCUCUGCUGUUUCACCAAGAAGUGGAUCCUUUGUGCAGACAGAUCAAGAUGAAAUUAUGACAGUGAAAGUGAAGAUUGAGGAGGAAGAAACCUCGGUUAGCAGCCUGGACUGUACUCCAAAUAGAGAUGAUGUAGGAGAACAGUCACUCAGUAGAACCUGUGCAGACGCAUCAGAUCCCACGACUGAUGACUCUGACCACAGUCAGCCAAAUCAAACGACCAGCUCAGAGACAAAUAUGUCCCAUAACUCACUCUGUGAAGAGUCCAACGGUUCUGAAGUCUGGAAGACUUUAAGAAUGUGUUCCGGUAAGGUCACUGACCUUUCUACACUGUUAACAGUGUCUAAGAAAAACAUACUUUCCAAACAAGUCACCAAACAGUCUGUAGAAAACUGUGGGGCUGCAGAGGAGUCUACAGACAGACUCCAUGAAAACCUCCACGGGAACUCGUUACACACUGUGGAUUAUGACGCCCAGUGUCCUCGAGGUACUACAGAAUAUAGUAAUAUUCCCCCUAAAGAUAGAACAGAGAUCAAAAAUAAAAACUGCCGGCCAAUUUCUAAAAACUUUUCAACAAAUCCAGCACUUCUGUCAGACUCAGCCCCGCCCUCUUCAGGCGAUCGCAGGGAAAGCACCACAGGCUCAGAAAACUGCACCAAAAACUCUUCUCCAAACCAAGAAGUGUUUUCUUUUCACAAUUAUUCCAAGGAAUCAUUCAGCUCUUCACCUAACACUUACCAAAACUCUGACCAUACGUCCAGACAUUCAGCAGACAGACGUGGUUUUCAUGAACCGUCACGGUUUAGUUUGAGUUUAUCAGAAUCACCAGAACUCUCAGAAAGUGUCAGUGGGGAAGACUCGAGUGUAGAAGUAGACGAGGGGGCGAUGAACAGUGAUCAUGAGGUCAGUGAGUGUAUAGUUGGUGAUCCUCCCUCAGAGGACGAACACCCUGAGUCUGUGCUUAGAGACUUUAAUAUCAUUAAGAUUGAGGAGGACAGUGUUCCUAUAAGCAAACCUCCGGCAGAAACAAAGACUCAGUCCAACUCUUUGGGAACUUUUGUGGAGGAACAUUCUGACGCAAUUAUCACCCAGCAGCUUAACAAAGAAAGAGUGGCAUCGUCAUGUGCAGGCAAGGAUUCCUUAAAGCCAACCAAAACAACUCUACGGAUUCUCCAGUUACCUGAAGGGAAGCAGCCCGUCCUCCUGAGGACUUCUGACAAUCAGGUCAAGACCGGUCCAGGUUUCAAACUGAUAACUAAUUCUUCAAAUCCUCAGAUUAACGUUUCUUACAUGUCCUCGGGGUUAGAAAGAUCGGGUAACAAGUCAGGUUUAACACCUAGUCCCAACAACAGGGUGGUGGCUGUGUCUGUCCCAAAGACAGAAACUCCUGACAAAGGGACAGCACUCCUCUCUGCUGUCCAAUCAGGUGUUAGCAAGUCUUCAAAUCACUACUUUAUCAACAGUCCAGGUUUUAAGGGUCCUGUGCUCCUCUCCAGCACGCCACAGAACACACCUACAGACAAAUGCACAAAAACACAGCCGACCUGCUUCUUGUUACAGAGGUCAGUCCCGUUUGUUCAGUCCCCCAGUACGCCUGUCCUCAGAUUGGCCAACACUCAGCUCCCCCUGAACUCACGGCCGGUCCUCGCCAUGCCUGUAAACUCCACAGACAAACCCGGAGCUCCGCAUGCUGGUCGGCAGGCCUUCCUACUGCGAUACAUUUCUCCUCCCAAAUCAGGCCGGACACUGAACAACCAUGACGCCAAGGCUGGAACUCCAUGCGGCCAAACCAAUGAAAGUUCUGGAAACAAAGUUUUUUUUAAAAUAGUCACUCCCACAGGUAGCCUUCUUACAAGCGGAGCUCCCGCCUCCAGCAGCCAGCCUUUUUUUUUAUCUACCAGACCUCAGACGCAGUGUUUUCUGGUUUCAUCAAACAAAUCAGCUACAAAUGCCUCAAACGCAGUAAAGAAAAUGAUCAGCGUACAAAAUACUGCUCAGAGAGACCUCAAAGAAUCCAUCGUCUGCCCGGGUCAGCUCAAAGCAAAGGUACCACCGAGCGAAGCAGAGAAACCCAUCCUCGCCCCGAGGCCGAUCCGACCUCCCAGCCUGCGGAAAAGGCGCAGGAAAGCAUUGUUUGAUGAGCUUCCAGAAACGGUGCAUAAAUCUAGAAGACUGUCACAUAAAACAGGGACUGAGAAAGAGACUCCUGUGUUGUGGAAACCUGUAGCCAAAGACACAGCGAGGACUCUGAGGCUAUCCCCGUUCAGUGGUCUACAGCUGGUCCGAUGUCCCCGCAGAUACCAGCCUGUAGUGGUGCUCAAUCAUCCCGAUGCUGACAUCCCUGAAGUGGCCAACAUCAUGAGGGUCGUCAACAGACACAAAGGGGCUGUCUCCAAGGUCUCUCUGUCUCAGCAAACAGUCCAAGCUCUCUCUGAACUCGCUGCUCAAGACAAUUGUGGGUCGUCCCACGAUCCAACACCUCAGCCGGUUCGGAGUUCUGUCCGAGAACGUUUCCUCCUGAAGAUGAAGUUAAGGAAAAAGAGCAGGAAAAAGUAUGAGGUGGUGGACACUUUAUCGGGCUGUAGACAGGAGUCUGUGGUGUUCAACUGCUGGUUCUGUGGUCGACUCUUUAACAACCAAGAGGACUGGAUCGGACACGGACAGCGCCACCUCAUGGAGGCCACCAGAGACUGGAACAAACUCUUCUGAACGUUUCCCUUUAACUGUGGAACAAAGGGUUGAAGUUGUAUAUUUUUAAUGAGCUUUCACUUGAUGUUUAUAAUAUUUUAGUUCCUGUAAAUAUAUAUUCUUAAUGAAUCAUAGUUUAUCUUUCAUACUCCGGUAACUUUUGUACAGCAGCGUGUGGCACACACAGGUCCAAUGUGAAACGGUACACUGUAUAGAGGAGACGAGCUACAGGACCAUGUCAGAGUCUAUAACUCAGGUGAUUUCUAUUAAUCUGCUUGAUGAGUGGACCUACUCUUUAUUUGUUCUGCAGGAGGACAGGAAACUUGACGUUUAACUCUAAAGUUUGUAGUUGUAGUCGUCCACCUUGAAGCGUGCAGAUCCAAAUGAUUCCUUUUUAAUACUGUUUUUAAUAAAGGGGGGAAACUUCACACUACUCGACUGUCAGGAUGAGUUUACAGUUUGUCUCUGGUCCUGUAGCGUUCAUGGUUUCUCUGUUAUGUGUUGAAGACUCAGUCUGAACUUUUUCUGUCUCUUUUAUUCUUCUUUGUGUUCCUCAGCAGCUCGCCGUGCAGCUCUUUGUUUCCUCAAUCCUCUGAUGACUUUAAAGAUUUUUUACCAGGUUGAACUACCUGUUGUCUUCUUCAUGACAUCAGAGUUUGGUGCAGGAUGUCACAUUAAAAGGUUUGAUCUAAAAAAUGUGUCAGGAACAACUUUCUCAAGCCUUUCAGUCAGGUGUGUAAUAUCAUGGCUGCAUUCUUUAAAUCAUGAAUCCUUUUUAAUCAUCUGGAUAUUUUAAAGAUUCAAACAGGGCGGAGACUCUUCAUCAACAGCAUCAUUCAUUCAUCUGCUGAUCUUCAUUCAUCAGUUCUUCAUUAAAUCGAUAAAUAUCUCCAAACACGAUGACUUCACUUAGAACUAAAAGAUUUAAAAAUCUUUAGUUUCUAAAGUUUGAAGGAAAUGAAUAAAAAUAUUUAUUUUAAUAAAAGAACAGAUUGUUUUACUCUUGUUUAAAAAUUGACAAAGAUUUAAAUAACAGCAUUAAUAAAACAGAAACCCGUUAUCAUUAAUGGUGAAUUGAUUUCACUUUAUUAUGGAAACGAGACUUUCUGACAUUUCACAAUAAAAGCCCAUUGUAUAAAAAAUGGAAGGUUAAGUUUUAUGGACCGGUAUUGAAUAAAAACAAACAUUAAAGUCAGUCCUGAGUGACUACAAUACCCUUUAAAAGAACUACAUUACCCUUUAACUGAAGUACAUUUCCCUUUAUAAGAAGUAGAUUGCCCUUUGAAGAACUACAAUACCCACUAACUGAACUACAUUUUCUCUGGCUCUUUGAAAUGGAAACCUGUGUGGAGAUUUAAAAAAAAUAAUCCAACGUAAAGAGUUUUUUUUAUGGGAGGGAAUAAUUCAUGAAACAUUUCAAACUUUGUGAUUUCUCUGCUUAAAGAGUUUUUGGGCUGCAAAGAUGAAUUUUUCAUCACUUUUAGAGUUUUAAACAGUUGAGAGCUCUGAACGUCACUUUGAUUUUUUGAAUACAUCACUUUUAGAGUUUCUAACAUUCGUAGAGCUCUGAACGUCACCUUGAGUUUUUGAGUUCAUCACUUUUAGAGUUUCUAACGGUUGUAGAGCUCUGAGCCAUCUGAGGGUGUUCAUUCAUCACCUUUUAUGACAUCACAGUUUCACUGUAAAUGUGCUCAUUGCCAUCUGUCCUGUGUGCUGUACAUACUUUUAUUUUGUUACAUUUGACACAUUUUUUUCAUGCAGACUUUGUGUUUCUUGUCGUCAUGCUUUUAAUGAUUGUAUUAAACAAAGAGCAAACAUU